AUGUUUCUAUUUUUUCUCCUGGCAGCCAGUGCUAUUUGCUUUGGUGGUGUCAGAUCUCAACAGCAAAAACCUCUCACCUCUCCAUCAAAUGCGCAAAGCCAUCCCAUCACAAUUGACGAGAUCAUCUCAACAACCGACUCCUCUGGCCAAAGCAAAUGCUGUCCUAUUGGAACGGUAUUCAACGGUGGAAAAUGUGUUUUCCGUACAGUAUCAAUUUGCCCGGUCAAUACUCAUCUAGCAAACGGCUCUUGCAUAAGUGACAGUCUUCCCGACUGUGGGACUGGAGAGUAUAGCACUGCUUCCUCUUUAUGUGUCUCCAAAGUUCCUCCAAAAUGCCCACCACAAUCCACUUUCGAUCGUAAGAUUGGACUCUGCAUAUCCACAGCACUGCCAAUUUGCGAAGAUAACUUCGGGUUCAACGGGGAAUCUUGCACUUUUUUGGGGGCAAAGGCCUGUCCAUCUGGGUCUGACCCGAAAGGCACACAAUGCGUGUCGAGGCAGGGACCAACAUGUGAGGGGAGCGAUAAGUUUGAGAAAGGAUCAUGCACACACUCGGAGCCGCCAAAAUGCGCAGAUGCUAGCAUGAUCCUGGAUCAGGGACUAUGCACAUUGAAGAAAACCCCAAGCUGCAACCCUGGGUUCGAAUACAAGGAUAAACGCUGUUCUCAUAAUGAGAAACCCACUUGCAAGAAUGGUUCUUUCAAAGACAAAGUUUGUGUCUCAGCCGAGCAGCCCCAGUGCAAGACAGGGACUUUCAACGGCAAGGUCUGCCAGUCAAAAGAAGCCCCUUUUUGUUUCGGCGGUGCCACACUCAAGAAUGGAUUAUGCACGGCUCCUCCUAUGUGCUCAUCCACUACCAAUCUCAUAACAAAUCCCAGUACCCAGGAGAUAGGCUGCUGUCCACCUGGAACCCCUCAUCUCGAUAAGACGGCAUGCAGGGACCCGGUCUGCAUCGCUGGGUUUCACUUUGACGGAAAAGUCUGCGCAUUCCAUCAAGCACCCAUUUGUAGCAAGAACUCAAUACUGUCUGGUGGAGUUUGCGUUAUCGCCAACGAAAGCCCAUCUUGCUCUGUGGGAAGUUUCGAUUCCAAAACUGCCAGCUGCCUUCUUUCUGAUUCACCAGUUUGUCCUGCAGGAUUGACCCUUUCGGUCAGUACAGGCGAUUGUAUCUCCACCGCGACACCUCAAUGUCCAUCUGGAAUGGCAUUGCACGGCGACGAAUGUAUCUCCACUAGUGCACCCAGCUGUCCUGUUGGACAAACCUUACUAGGGUCGGUAUGCAUCACAUCUAAGACACCCACUUGUCCGAUGGGGACCACUCUAGUUGGGGGAGAUACAUGCAUUCUUUCCACUGGCCCGACCUGUCCUGUUAAUUCUGUGCUUUCAAGUACCAACGAAUGUAUCUCCAUCAAAUCGCCCGGCUGCGAGGACCCCUCUUCCUUCACUUUCUCAGCAGGUGCAUGUGUUUCUUCCAUAUUACCGGUCUGCAUUGACCCCACUGCCGUUUUAGAUGUGAAUGGUUGUUCCACUAAUGAGCUUCCAUCCUGCCCAGAUGAUACAGGAUUUGAUGGUUCAAACUGUGUAUCAUUUACAUCUCCUACAUGCCCCAAGGGCCUGAUAUUUGAUAACACCGAUCCCAAAAACUAUGUGUGUGUAUCACCAACACCCCCGCAGUGUCCACCUGGGACCAGUCUGGUUGGGGCACCAGGGAAGAAGAUCGGAAAAUGUCAAUCAUCACCCACGCCAGUUCCAUCUUGCCCACCACCAUUGAAAGCAGACAGCACGUCCUCUGCAUGUAUCACACAAGAUACUCCACAGUGCCCUCCCGGAAGUACGUUAGUUAAUAAUGAGUCAUGUGUGACUAUUCAGCCACCGACCUGUCCCAAUGGGGCUAUUUAUAAAGACAAGAAGUGCGUCUCACCUGCAACUGUCCCUAGCUGUCCUUUAGGUUUGUCGAAGGAUGGGGAUGCCACGACAGGGAUCACCUGUGUGGCUGUUGGAGGUCCAACUUGUACUGAUGACCGGACUGCUUUGGAUGAGAAGAGUGGAAAAUGUACUCUGUCAGCUGGAGCAGGUUGCUAUGAUAUGCACUUUUGUCCAAGCUGA